UUCCUCCGUAACUUCCAUUUUACAUAAUAACAUGGCUAUAUUUCUUCUUGGAAAUCUCCUGCAAACAACAAACAUAGUAGCAGUAACAUAGUAUUUGUCGUCCUCGUUAAUCACAUAAUCCUAUAUUUAUGUCUUCUUGAAUAUCCAGUUACAGGAGUCUUAAGAAGAACAAAUAAAAGAUGGCAGGAGGUGAAGGAGAUCAAGAAACAAAUUUGGAAUUUACACCAACAUGGGUUAUUGCCUUGGUUUGCACUGUCAUAGUUGCUAUAUCUCUUCUUGUUGAAAGAAUCCUUCACUAUGCUGGCAAGUAUUUGCUCAAGAAAAACCAGAAGCCACUCUAUGAAGCCUUACAAAAGAUCAAAGAAGAGUUGAUGCUGUUGGGAUUCAUAUCUCUGCUGUUGACGGUGUUCCAAGAAAGAAUUCUUAAAAUAUGCAUCCCAAAGCACUUGACAAAUCACUGGCUCCCUUGUAAAAAGGAUGAUGGUGCAACUGUCCACUUUCAGACCAAUUUCUUCUCUUUAGUUCCAGGAGGAAGGCGCCUUCUUGCUGGAUCUGCUAAUUCUGGUUAUUGUGAGGCUAAGGACAAGGCACCAUUGCUUUCUCUCACAGCACUGCAUCAUCUCCAUACCUUUAUCUUUGUGCUGGCUGUUUCACAUGUUACUUUCUCAGCUCUUACAAUUUUAUUUGGAAGUAUAAAGAUACGACAGUGGAAAUCUUGGGAGGAUUCUAUCCAGAAAGAGGAAUAUAAUCCAGAAGAAGUACUUCGCUCCAAAGUUACAAAUGUCCAAGACCAUGAUUUUGUCAAGGGCCGGUUUCUAGGUUUGGGUAAAAGAUCACGUUUAUUAAGUUGGCUGCAUUCCUUUGUCAAGCAAUUCUUCGGAUCUGUCACAAAAUUGGACUAUACAACUUUGAGGCUUGGCUUCAUUAUGACUCACUGCAAAGGGAAUCCAAAGUUCAAUUUUCACAAGUAUAUGAUACGCGUACUUGAAGCUGAUUUCAAGAAGGUUGUUGGGAUUAGCUGGUAUCUUUGGCUAUUUGUGGUCUUGUUCCUAUUGCUUAAUAUUCACGGCUGGCACGCAUACUUUUGGAUAGCAUUCAUUCCCUUUCUUCUUUUACUAGCUGUGGGGACUAAACUAGAGCAUGUUAUAACUCAACUUGCUGGAGAGGUUGCUGCGAAGCACAUAGCGGUGGAAGGAGAUUUGGUUGUCAAGCCAUCAGAUGAUCACUUCUGGUUUCAUAGACCGCGUCUGGUCCUUUUCCUUAUUCAUAUCAUCCUUUUCCAAAACUCCUUUGAGAUUGCAUUUUUCUUCUGGAUUUGGGCUCAAUAUCAUUUUAACUCCUGCAUCAUGGGACAGGUUGGUUACAUCAUCCCACGACUUGUCAUAGGGGUGUUUGUUCAAUUCCUUUGCAGUUAUAGUACUCUACCACUAUAUGCAAUUGUCACACAGAUGGGAAGUUCUUUCAAGAAAGAAAUAUUCAACGAUCAUUUACAAGACGGGCUUCUUGUUUGGGCUAAAAAGGCUAGAAGGAGAGCUACCAAUGGCUCCUCCAGCCAAGUGGUCCAUAAAGAGUCCCCUUCUCCUAUGGCUGUGCAGCUAUCACAAGUAGAAACACAAGAAUCUGCUAUGGAAGAGGGCCAUGCCGGGGAAAUUAGGCCUGCGACCAACCAACUCAACUCAAAAGUAAAUUAACUAUUUGCCCCUCUGUUGGAGAUGUUCCAGAAAUGUCUGCGGUCGAGUAAAUAGCUCUACGAACGAAUGGAUCUGAUAAGACUUGGAAAAUGGAAAGAUUUGUAUAAGUUAUACAUUUAAUCACCGCUUUGUGGAAAAUCGUUAGGUAUGAAUAUGCCAACAACAACAUUCCUCAGAUAUCUGAAAGCUGUUAAACAGUAAAGAAACUUGUAAAAGUGAGCAAUAUUUUUAGAGUAUAAGCUGUAUGUAUACAUAUACCUACCUCAGGAAGAGAAAAGAAUGGUCAGACUAUUUUUAGAGUAAACUCGGUUGUAUUAAAUUUUUUCUCGGUAAUAUGGUUUUGAAGCUAUAUAUAUAGGUUGUUCGUC